ACCUCAUUGAAAAAGAGCCAUGGAGGUGAACCGGAUGCACCACCAGCUUCACUGGGUGACGAUGAGGAAGAAGAUGCCAAACAACAAGCUCAGCACAUCCCACCACCACCACCAAAAGAUUUUAGGACUGAUCGCCAAAUAUUUAUGGGAUUGGAAACAAGGAUGAUGACAUUUGAGAUGAUCCAGAGGGAGAUGCAGGCAACUCAGUAUGAGAUUUUGAGAAGAUUUAGGAAAGGAUAUGGCAACGGACCAUUGUCAUCAGCAUAG